AUGUUUGAUCCGCCUGGUAGGUGUCAUUUGCUGCCCUGUCGUUGUAGCUUGAAGUGUCCGCUUUUUUUUUCAGGCAUCGUCGAAGCUCUUUCUGAUCCUCGUACUUACGUAUCCAUGAUCGAAAAGCGGCAGAAGCAAAUGGAGCAGAUGGGCAUCCGACAGGAGGACAUCGACGAAGUUCCGCAGCGUCGAAAUCUUGCCAAGAACGGCGGCGUUUCAGAUAACUUGGGUUCGACUUCUAACAAGAGCAUCAUCGCUUCGCAAAACUUCUCGGUGGCGGCUCGUUCAAAAAUUUGUUUUGAGUUGUCAAGGGAUGAAGCUUAUAAGCAGGUAAUCGAACAAGUGAAACCAGUGUGCUUUGACGAGAUUAAGAAAGACAAGCUGUUUGUCAAGCUGUCAAAGCACCACACGAAGGUACUUGAAGACCUGAAGAGGCGUCAUGUCAAGGAGCGCUUGGCCAUGCAAAAUCAGCAGGCGGUGGCGAUCGAGAAGAUGGUCAAGGAUCGUCGCAGCAAGAUGGCACACACGGCUGUUUCAUCGUUUUCGUCGCAGGGAAACGAGUCCUCAACGCGACAGUCACCCAGCGAAGUUGUGAACGAGUCAUCAGAUGUCUCUUCUGUGGGACCGUCUGACGUUUUUCCGAUUGACCGUUGUGCUGACGUGAAGACAGCGGUCGCGGUACAGACCAAGACAUGGUCCGAACUGAUGCGCCGUCAAGCGGAUGACGAGCACCGCCUGCGCGUAGCCCAAAUCGAUGAGGAAUGGAAUCUGAUGGUAAAAAUUUUGGAAGGCGUCCAACGGCAGCAGGUGUCUUCCUUCCGGCAACGACUCGACAACGAGUUUAAAUACUUGCGGCAGAAGCAAACCAAACAGUCUAUGGAAGAUUCAAAGGCCAUUCAGAUGGACAAAAACAUCAAAACUAAGGCAGAGCGAGAUCGUCGCGUGAAGGAGGUGCAGGAGAAGAACUGUAAGCUGUUUCUCGAAGAGCGUAAGCGGCUGGCCGUCAAACACCAGAAAAUGCUGGACCAUUUACACAAGGUGCACGAGGAGCAGUUGGCCACGGUUGAAAAGGAGGCUCGGAAGAUCAAGGACGCUCAGGAGCAGCUGCAUGCGGAACUGCUGUUGGCUGCGAAGCCGGAAACCGUGGUUUAG